CCGCCACCGCUCCCAUGUUGUGUUUGGAAUUAGCUGUGUUCUCAUCUACUGUCAUAAAUGGAACUUUAAAUUCGAAUCUUGAACAUAAUGUCAGCAAGAAAAUACAUCUAACCACUCUCCUGGACCGCUCUCCCCUUUCUCCACCCCUGCCCACGGCCCGCCCCGCACGCUUAAAACGCACUGAGGACCGUGAUGCGUGCUAGUGGAGUUGAAACAGGGGAUGGAAGUAGACGACGUGUCGGUUAGAGAGCAGCUUUUCCACAACAGAGUGCGAGAGACGUUUAUCUGUGUCCUCCUCUUCACCUGCCUCUACAUUCUGUCCUACCUCAUCCUCACUCACUUCAAGAAGAAUGCGGACUAUGUCACGGAUGACGUUGAAGAUGCGACCGCCAACAAAAUUGCGCUGUGGCUGUGUACGUUUACACUCUCUGUGUCAGUGUGCGCUGUGCUGCUCCUCCCCAUCUCCAUCCUGUCCAAUGAGGUGCUGCUCAUCUUCCCUCACAGCUACUACAUGCAGUGGCUCAACGGAUCGCUCAUUCACGGCUUAUGGAACCUAGUGUUCCUGUUCUCCAACCUGUCCCUGGUCUUCCUCAUGCCCUUCGCCUACUUCUUCACUGAGUCGGAGGGCUUCGUGGGCUGUAAGAAGGGGGUGAUGGCGCGGGUGUAUGAGACUGCGGUGGUGCUGCUGCUGCUGACUCUGCUGGUGCUGGGCAUGGUGUGGGUGUUUGUGGCUCUGCUAAACAACCACAGCGCCAGGGAGAGCCUCUACGACAUGUGGGAGUACUAUCUCCCUUACCUCUACUCUGCCAUCUCUCUGUGUGGAGUGCUGCUGCUGCUAUUGUGCACUCCCUUCGGGUUGUCCCGCAUGUUCAGUGUCACCGGGAGCCUACUGGUCAAACCACGGCUGUUGGAGAAUGUGGAGGUGGAGAUGAACUGUGCUGCGUUCGAGGAGGCUUCUCUCUCCAGGACACUCAACAGGGGUAGCACGGCAUGCUGGGUCAGUGUGAACGUGGAACCUUUGAGGACGCAGUACCUCGGCGUCCAGGCCAAACGAAUCGCCCUCGGAAUAGCUUCACUGCUCACCGGGAGACUGACAGCGUUGUCUACUGUGGUCCUUGUCCUCAUCAUUCUCCCCCCCCCCCCAGAGAUGCGGAGGAGAGCGUCACCAUGGCAGCGGAACCUGUUCUACCCUCUGGCCAUGCUGCUGCUCCUAGCCCUGACGGUGGCCUGCGUGUUGAUGGUUUGUUUCAAUGUUCUGGAGCUCCUGUUCGACGAGACGGCCAUGCCCAGUGGAAUGGGGGACCCUCGCCUGGGGACGGCUUCCUUCUCCAUGUUUGGUUCCCUGGGAGCAGCAGUGCAGGUGGUCCUCAUCCUGUACCUGAUGGUGUCGUCUGUGGUGGGCUUCUACAGCUCUCCUCUCUUCACCUCCCUGCUGCCCCGCUCUCAGGACACCAACCUCACACAGAUCAUUGGGAACUGUGUCUCUCUUCUGGUCCUCAGCUCAGCACUGCCGGUCUUCUCUCGCACUCUGGGGAUCACACGGUUUGACCUCCUGGGAGACUUUGGGAGAUAUAACUGGCUGGGGAAUUUCCACAUAGUGUUCUUGUACAACAUUCUGUUUGCCGGCCUCACCUCUGCCUGCCUCAUCAACACUCUCACCUGGGCUGUGCAGGGAGAACUCAUACGUGCCUUCGGUCUCCAUAAACUUCCUCUGACAGUGUCCCGCACAACCAUCCCCCUCAAGCUCCUCCUGGCAAAUGGCCUGUCAAAGAUCCAGUGACUGACAUUCCCUUGACCAAUCAACCGUGAUCUUUAAUCCCGACUGGGACCUGAGCCCCCUGGAUAGCAUUCCCAUUGGACCAAAGGCACCUUGUCUUCAGUCCUCCAGUCAAUCUGUGUCUGAAUCACCAAAAUGAAGAGACCGGAGUGGAGGAUUAGAAGUGCAGUUUGGACAAUGACGCAGUAGAGCUCUGCUCACUGACCAAUACAAGUUGACUUGGGGAACAAACUUUAACGGUCUCUUUUUCACUACAGUACUGGGGUGCUAUUGAAAUCACUAUGUGCAGUAAUCUGAGGCAAAAAUGAUACAUUCUGGAACUGCUAAAAUAAUCUAGAACUGAAAGGGAUCUUAUCAGGGUUUUUGGGUCAUGGCUAGAAGGGGUUCAACUUUUGUCAGAUAUGACUUUUUGUAGCAGGUUAGGAGAAGGGCUGGGGUUGAGGUUAAAAUGUUUAAAAAAAAAAAAAUCUGCUUUUGAUGUUAAUUUGAGAAAAGCUGCGUCCCUUCUAGCCAUGACCGGGUUCUUGUUGACCUUGUGACAUCAUACAGUACAUCCUGGAUGUCCUAAUGCCUUAUGAGAAACUCACAAUGGGUUUGAGAGGUGGCGGUGGGACUGACUUACUUUGCUCUUUGGACACGCACGUGUAAAAGUCAGCAAAUCUAUUUUUGGAACAUUACGUUGCAACUGACAUUUCCUUUUCCUGAUCAGGGGUUGAGCGGUUGAGUCUUCUCUGCCUCCCCUCUCCCCACACCUUCCUCUCUCUCUCGCUCUCUCUCGUAAGACUACUAUUUCUGGGCCUCACUCCUUUGAAUCCCACUUCCAUUUCUUUUUAAGACUCCUUGUCUGUCUGUAAUGGUGUUGUGUCCGUUAAUGAGAGGAUGUUUUUAAACCUGCGUAUUUUACAUGCCUUGACCUUCACAUAGUGGAGGAAGAGAAGGGGACAGGACAGGGUUGUGUUCAUUAUGUUACGGCUUAAAGCAUUUUGCAACAACAAAAAAUGAGCAUUUCAGUUCUCUUCCAUUUGGUGCCGGACGAACACAACCCAGGAUUUGUUUUAAACUGAUAACAUUGAAUUAGUGAACAAUGUAUGAAAAUAUACCUGAACACAAAGGGGAAAAUAGAAAAGGGAGGUUAUUGGUUGUAUUAAUGGCAUUUCUGUUCCCUUUAAAAAAAAAAGAAGCAUUAAGGAACUUUCUUAAUGCAAAUUAACACUCGUGUGUCCUGCCUUGGACCAAUCAUACUGUGAAUAGCUUGUUAAUGUUCAAGUGCAAUACUGUUUACGCUCCAUUGCCAAUUCCCAUGACGUGUUUUUCCUGAACUUUUAUAUUAGAAUAAUAUAAAUGAAUGAUCUCUAGCGGUUUUUAUUUUAGAUCUCUUUAUCGUGAUCCUUUGUCGUGCUUUUCCUUUGCUGUAUCAGCAUGUAUGUUAAGUUUGUUUUAAUUGUUGUUAUUAUUAGCUGUUAGACAAUCAGUUCCUUUCUCUGUCACCAGCAGGGGGCAGGGUCUCCCAAACUCACCGACAGCCUUCUGAAACUUGCCGUGAGGUUCCGUCAGAGAACCUUCCGUCCUUAGGGCAAUGGUUCUGUUUGGUCAGUCAUUGCACAUAGCAUUGACUCAUUUCAUGUCGCGUAACAAGUCUUUCGAGUCUAUUGUUUGGGGAGCAAAAAGUUUAUGGUUGACUUUUAGUGCUCUAAAACGUUUUGAUGUUGUAAAAUGUAUGUAUUUUUUCAUGAGAUGUGGAGGAAAGGGACAAAUGUAUUACAUUUUUCUAUACAUAAACUGUCUUGUCUGAUAUCUAUGGAUUGGUAUGAGUAAUAAGACUGUUACAGUGCAGUUAUAUAGUAGUUUAUCUAUACAUGAUCAGGUCUCAUUAUCCAGCCUGUGCGGUUUACAUCUGUUCCCCCCGUGUGGUUUACGUCUG